CAUGGAAUUCUGUGUGGGAUCAGCCCUGGAUCUGCUGGAAGGUCACCAGGAGCCGCUGAGGGAGGAGGAGAUCGGGGCCAUCACUGAGGGGGCCCUGCAGGGCCUGGGCUACCUGCACAGCCAGGGGGUGAUCCACAGGGACGUCAAGGCCGGGAACAUCCUCCUGGGGACCCCCGGCCACGUCAAACUGGGCGACUUCGGCUCGGCCGCCGUGGCCACCCCGGCCAAUUCCUUGGUGGGGACCCCGUACUGGAUGGCCCCGGAGGUGAUUCUGGCCAUGGACGAGGGGCUCUACGACGGCCGGGCCGACGUGUGGUCGCUGGGCAUCACCUGCAUCGAGAUGGCUGAGCGGAGGCCGCCCCUGUUCCAGCUGAACGCGAUGAGCGCCCUUUACCACAUCGCCCAGAGAGACCCCCCGGGGCUCAAACAGCCCCACAGCUGGUCGGAGGAAUUUCGGGAUUUCGUUUCUCGCUGUCUCCGGAAGCUUCCGCAGGAUCGGCCCCGAGCGCGGGAACUGCUGCAGCACCGUUUCCUGGCCCAGGAGCGACCCCCGGGCGUCGUCCCCGAGCUGCUGCGCAGAACCAAAAUGGGCACCAGGGACGCGGACCCCCCCAGCCCCUCCCCCAGCAUUCCCAGUUCUCCCAGUAGCACCAGUGACCCCCCCAGCCUGGGGGACCCCGAGGACGACGCCGAGGGGGGAGGGGAGGGGUCCCCCGGGACCCCCCCGCAGGUUCCGGAACGUUCUGGAAAGAUCCCGAAAUUCCCGGAGCUCGUCUGGAGCCCCUGCUGGCCCGGGGGGGGAAACCCCAAAUUCCCGAUUUUCUGAAAUCCCAAAAUCUCCCGAUCUGGCCCCAAAAUUUGGGAUUUUUAAUUAAAAAUAAAUCCCCAAAAAUUUUCUCAUUUCUCGGCCCCAAUUCCCCUCCCCCCCGUUAAUGAAGCGGGGGCGUUAAUUAAACUCAUUAACGAGGUGAUUAA